UGGAUGAUGGAGUUGGGAACCUGCGUGACUGCCCGUCAAAUCAGCAGCGGCAAACUGCCAACUGUCUCGAAGACUCAAAAUGGAUGUCAAUCAAGCCAUGCACUGAAUAGCCUACAGCGUCCAUGACCAUGAGCAAAUCCAGCCAAUCUGGAGGUGAUGCUUGGUGCUGAGAAAAAGGUGCAGCUCCUUGUGCCUUUUUUAUUCCUUGGCCCAGGAAUGGGGAGCGAGCAGCAGGCCAAGUGAUCCGGCGACACACCAGUUCGCCAGCCCUUAGGCUAAAGCAUGCGCCAGGUUUAGCCUUGAUGACUUUGUGUCCCUCAACAGCCUCGGCGAGGGAAGCAUGGGUUUGGUCAAGAAGGUCAUGCAUAGGACAACUGGAGAUGCUUACGCCCUCAAGGCAGUUGACAAGAAGCGCGUUCUUGACCACAAAUUGCAAGACCAGCUGGUUGCUGAGGUGAACACACAGAAGAACCUGUCGCACCCCAACCUUUUGAGGUGUUUCGACUUCUUUGUCCACGCAGACACAGUUUACAUUGUGCUGGAACUGGCUUCUGGAGGUGACUUGUAUCAGCUGAUGAGGCGGAAGGGGCCGCUAAGCGAGCCCGAUGCCGCUUAUGUUUUUACACAGGUCUGCGAAGGCAUCAAGCACUUGCAUCAUAACGGGAUCAUACAUCGAGACCUCAAGCCAGAGAACAUCCUGCUCACCGGGGACAUGAUUGUAAAGAUCGCAGACUUUGGCUGGGCAGCCAAGGCAACACAAACAGACAUGAGGAGCACCUUUUGCGGCACUCUUUGCAUGUUGGCGCCAGAGAUGAUUGCUGGCAAGAAGUACGAUGCAAAGGUUGACGUGUGGGCCAUUGGUGCGGGGGCCCCAACUUGGAGCUUUGCAAGCCCAUCCACAUCGGAAAGGUCUGGACGUUGCAAGGUGCUUCUCUUCGAGAUGUUGACAGGUUCCUCCCCCUUCGACAAGGGGCAAGGUCUCAUGGAGACCUGCAAGGCGAUCGUUGGACCAGGAUUGAGGGCAGUUUCGCUGGAUGAGGUGCCGGUGGCCGUCCAUCCGCUCCUGCGGGGGCUAAUGCAGCAGGAGUCACACCAGCGCAUCUCGCUGGACGAUUGCCUGUCUUCGCGCUGGGCGGUGGAGCAUGGGAAGCGAGCCACUUCUCAGCCCAAGGAUACGGCAGUCCGCGUCCAUACUGGAGACACGAACCAGCAGGCCAGUUCGAUGAACAGCGCGGACACUCCGAAGGAGUUUGUUCGCCCACAACUUCCGGGAAACCCUGUGCUUGUGAGGCCAUUGCGAGGCCCACACCUCGGGCACACGCGCAGCUCCUCCAGCUCAACGGCUACACCGUCUAGCGCGGCAGCUGCAACGUCCACCGCUGAGGACGCUGAGAUCAGCCCCUUGAGGCCCUUGGUCUUCCCGGUGCCGCGAGGAUCCUCGAUGUCCAACCCUGGGCCACAGACUGCAGCGGGUUGUGCUAGGUCAGGGGGCAUGAAGGCGGUGGAGGAGGAUAGAGCGGAGCAAGAGUCCGUGUCCACGGUGGCAUCCAUCCGAAGCGAGGGCAAGUGGCGGUUUCAAGACGGCAAGGAGAUCUUAUCCAAGGUUGAACUUGAGACGCCCCGUUCCACGCUCAAGAUGCCCGUUUCAAGAACGGAGUUCCUCAAGCCUCCGAGGACUGUGGCGCGGGGCCGGUCAGAGCCUGGGAGCUAUAGCGCUAAGGGUGGCCCAGUGCUUCGCGACGUGAGUGACAGUUCGGACAGCGAAAUUCCGGAGGGCGAGGAGGCUUUCGGGGCCGCGCUUGGCAGCUCCUUGAGCCCUGUGAAACGUCUGGCACGUUUGCCGCAGGAGCAAUGCGGCCCUGCCAAAGCCAGGUCGUCCGGCAGCUCGCGUAGUUCCUCUCAGUCAGGCUCUUUGGAACCUUUCAGCCAUUCGAAAGAGGCGAUCGAGGCAUCAAAGCGGACCAGUUGAGUCGAAGGAGCUGUCAGCUGGCUGGAGGCAGCUGGACAGCUCAACGCCUGAGCUGAAAGCUUGAGGCCUUUGCAUUUGGUUGCUUCCAGGUCCGUCCGUUUCCAGAC